AUGGUAUUUGGUGGCGAUAAUGGUGGGAUAGUUGUCCAGGACACGACAACAGGAGGGCGCAGAACCAUCCAAGAGGGCAAUGCCAGGCUCGACCGCAUAACUGUAUUGGCCAUUACUGCCGAUGGCAAAACGGUUGCAAGUGUUUGUUCAUCGGGGCCUGUGAGCCUUUGGGAUACUGUGACGGGCAAGAGAAGACAUAUCUUGGGAAGGAAGGGGGACCGCAUACAAGCAUUGGCCUUCUCACCGAAUGGCGGACAAAUUGCAUCCGGCGCUGCGGAUGGAACUAUUCAAAUCUGGAAUUCCACAAAGGGUGAAAUGAUCUCAACAUCGAAAAGUCAUACGUGUGCAAUCAGCACGUUGGAGUUCUCUCCUGGCGGGAAACAGAUCGCGUCCGGCUCCAUGGACGGGGCUGUACAGAUAGGGACUAUUGUGAGGGGCAGGUUGGAAGUACUCAAAACAGUGAAGAGCCACAAUACGCGCAUAGAAACAUUGACAUUUUCGCCUGACAAGGUCCACAUCGCGUCUGGUGCUGUCAACGGUACUAUCAUUAUCCACAAUGCCCAGACAGGUCGAUACGAGACCAGACUGGAUGGCCAUCUAGCGUCGAUUAUUUCGUUGAGUUUCUCAUCUGAUAGCAAACUUCUCGCAUCUUUGUGCAGGGGCUUGAACAUCAGAUUGUGGGACCUCGGCGGGUAUCUCCAGAGCACGAAGUAUAGUUCCUUUCCCCCAAAGCGCGUCCAACUUCGCCAUCCGAGGAAUAACCACAUCAUUUCUGCUUCUGCGUUCACAAGCAUGAUCAAGUUCGCUGAAGGGGACCAAUAUCUCAUUACCAAUCUUGGUCCCAUAUGGUACAAGGGUCAUAUGGUGAAAGGGCAAGGAGAAGGCUUCGAAAUAUAUAUCGAUGGCGGCUGGAUUUAUUUCGGGGCUAAGAGAUCAUACCCUCGAUUUGAGCAAUCGGGUCCAUCAGAAGCCUGUACAAGUCUAAGGCUCCUUCUAUUGCCAUCUGGGGUAAGGCCUGAAUGCUGUGAAGUGGGAGGCGAUCAAGUGAAGAUUGGAAUCUCGGAUGAUCAGAUGUUGACCUUGACCGUUGAUCGAAAAGCCCUGUUGGCCAUGAUGCGAGGCAAAACGCAGUCCCGGCCCGGGAUGGAGUCGUGA